AUGGUUGAUAUUAAAUCUACUUCGAACGCCGUAUGGUGGAUAAAAAAUCCCAAAGAACAUGAACGUCGUACCACGUUGUGUCAGGAUAUGACAGAUUUAUUUCGCAAUAUAUCCAUGCAUGGCUACAAUAAACUUCUCGAAACGGAAUUAUUUUUAUAUGAAAAAUUAAUUUGGUUCUGUCUACAUGUGACAACUUUGGCCGUUGUGAUAACUAUACUGUCAUACACAUGGGAUCAAUUUGUCCUUCAAUAUUUUGCACUUAAUUUACAUGAUCCACUGUAUCCAAUAGAGAAUAUGCCAUUUCCCGGUGUAUCAAUAUGUUCCAAUAAUCGUAUAUCACGACAGGCAGCUGAAAGAUAUGCAUAUGAAUUGUAA